AUGAAAUUGACUAUUCCUGAAAGCAAAAUGGCUACUCAGAACCGCCCGAUUCGAAUUGCAGGUGCCUCCGGCUCUGCCUCAGACCGGCGUCGAGCUAUUGCGGAAUUUGCGCAUAACCACCCGACCGAUCCUAUCGAUGUCAUUACGGCGGAUUUCAUGAGUGAGUACAACAUGGCAACCUCUGCGGGGCGCCGUGUGGAACAAGGAACAGAGGGAAUAGCUCCCGCGUAUGAACUUUCCUUCCUGGAAGCCUUGGAACCAGCUCUUGAAGAUCUAGCCAAACAUGGGAUCAAACUGGCUGUGAAUGCGGGUAAUACCGAUACAGAAGGUCUCGUCAAGGUUGUGACGCAAAUGGUUCAAGCAAAGAAACUCAAUUUGAAGAUCGCCUGGGUUUCCGGUGAUGAGGUAUUGUCAACCGUGCAGAAAGGAUUGGCUUCUGGCACAGAAUUCCGCAAUGUCUAUACAGGCGAGCUGUUGGCGGAUUGGUCUUUCGAGCCCAUUUAUGCCCAGUGCUACCUCGGUGGACUUGGAAUCGCGCGCGCAUUGGCCGAGGGCGCUGACAUCGUGCUCUGUGGUCGGGUAUCAGAUGCUUCGCCCGUCAUUGGUGCUACUUACUGGUACCAUGGCUGGGGAAGAGAUGAGCUCGACAAGCUCGCCAACGCAUUUGUGGCGGGCCAUCUCAUCGAGUGUAGCAAUUAUGUCUGCGGUGGCAAUUUCACCGGUUUCAAAGAGCUUGAACAUACCGGUGAAGGGUGGACGAAUAUUGGAUAUCCCAUCGCCGAAAUCUCUGCCAAGGGUGAGGUUGUGAUCACCAAGCAGGCUCAUUCGACGGGCGGCGCGGUCACCGUUGACACCUGCACAUCGCAACUGCUGUAUGAGAUCCAAGGACCCUGGUACUACAACUCAGACGUCACCGCGAUCCUUGACGGCAUCCACUUCUCCCAACAAGGGGUCAACCGUGUGGCUGUCCACGGUGUGCAAUCUGGGCCUCCUCCGCCUACCACCAAGGUCGGAAUCACCGCACGAGGCGGGUUCCAGGCCGAAGCAUGGUGGUUCCUAGUCGGUCUGGACAUCGAAGCCAAGGCACGCAUGAUGGAAGCGCAGAUCCGUCGAUCCCUCGCUCCAUUCUCCGACCGGUUCACAUCCCUCAACUUCGACCUCCUUGGCACGUCUGUCUCAGACCCGCAGGCUCAAAACCGCGCCACGGUUCCACUGCGGAUUGUCGCGCAGGCACGACAGGAAGAGGACCUUGCAGCCACGCGCUUCAUGAAACCGAUCUUCGACAACAUCAUGCAGGGGUAUCCCGGUGCGACCAUCCAUUUGGAUAUUCGUCAGGGCCUGCCCCGGCCAGUGUUCGAGUACUAUGUGAGUCUAAUCCCACAGUCGGCAGUGCAGCACCGUGUCCACUUGCCGUGGAAAUCCACCUCGACCGUGGACAUCCCACCGCCUCCACAGACCAAGACAUAUCCCUCCCGCCAGCCCUCACAGCCCUCUACCCACGUGGAUAGCCCUAUCGACCUCGCUCGCGGCUUCGGUCCCACUACCCGUGGUCCGUUGGGUUGGAUCGUCCAUGCCCGCUCGGGCGACAAGGGGGCCGAUGCCAACUGCGGGUUCUGGGUGCGCCAUCGGGACGAGUAUGAAUGGUUGCGCGGGCUGUUGUCUGUGGCGACCGCGCAGGAGUUGCUCGGGGAUGAGGGGCGCCAGAACCCACAGUUGGCCAUUGAGCGGUUCGAGCUCUCUAGCUUGCAUGGGGUGCAUUUCUUGUUCCGCAAUCUAUUGGAUCGUGGCGUGGGCGUUACGACCACCGUGGACUUCUUAGGGAAGAAUGUGGCGGAAUAUCUGCGGGCGCGGCACGUUGAUCUUCCCGUGCGGUUCCUCAACCGCGGAAAGUUGUAG